ACGCCGGGGCGCCGUGGUUACCCGCGGUGCAUGGUGGGGCCGUCGCCUCGGACAACCUGGUCCCACGGCUGCUGCGAGGUGGUCCUGAUCCAUCCAGCGUGGUGGCGGCGGCGGCUACAGCGGCUGCGGCGGCAUGCGCCGGGCCUCCGCACUGUCCGCGCCCCUGGCGAGCCCUGACUACUACGAGAGGCUGGGCCGCCUCCAGCAUGGGCUGCGGGACAGUGAAAAGAAGAGAUUGGACCUGGAAAAGAAACUUUAUGAAUAUAAUCAGUCUGAUAUGUGCAGAGUUAAGCUGAAGUAUGUAAAACUAAAGAAAUACCUAAAAGAAAUAUGUGAAUCGGAAAAGAAGGCUCAUGCGCGAAAUCAAGAAUAUUUAAAGCAGUUUGAGCAUGUCCAAGCUCAUGUUGGACACUUUACCACAAAUGGAGAGAAGCUUAAAGAACGGAAGAUUGAAUAUGAGACUCGAAUGAAGAAGAUGCAGCUACUCUCAAAAGAUAGCCUGGGAGUAGAAGGUGAACUGAAAGAUGAAGACAGAAGAAAGGUUGCAGUGCAGGCAGGAAUUAACUCAGGGACAGCCGUGUCAAGAGGAGUGUAUCAACCAGCAACAAUCUUUAUGGGCCGCCAAAUGUCAUCUUUCUCAAGCAUUGGAGAUUUCAGUACGGAGCAGAAAUCUCCCCAACCCAUAAAGAACUUUUCAAUUCCUGACCCACAUUCACACCAACAGACAGCCCAAAGCAGUAAUGUGACAGACAGCUAUGUAGUACAAACUAGUAGUGACACACAGUGCUUAAAUAAGUCUGACAAAAUAGAUGGAAAGACAUCUCUUCUGACUGGUGAGAAAACGCCAGUCACAGCUGGCACAUUGUCUGAGGAGGAACAAACUCAUUGCUUGGAGAUAGGAAGCAACAGACAUCAUGGCAAGAGUAAUUUAUCUGAAGGCAAAAAGUCUCCUGAACUCCAUUCCCUGUUGCGAGAAAGAUUAAGUCCAGAGGACAGAACCACUGAUUUAAAGUGUGACAGUUCCAGCAGAUCAGAGGGAUCAGAGGGAGAAAUACUGACACAGGAACAUAUUGAAGUCAAGGAAGAAAGAGCCAGACCGCCCGUCUCUCCGAUAUCAGUCUCAGAAUACUGUGCAUCUGAAAAUCAUCUUUCUCACGGGGACUCAAAGUCACAGAAGCCCUUCAGAAAAAUGCAGAAAGAGCAGGAAGAGGAAAGUUUAAGCAGCAGCAGUGACCUCACAGUUUCUGUAAGUGAAGAUGAUCUGAUCUUAAAGAGUCCAGAACCACAGCCAAAUCUGGGUGACAAGAUGGAGGGAGAAGAUGGAAUAGAGGCCUUAAAAUUAAUCCACUCUGAGCAAGAAAGAGAUGCCCUAUCCACUGAAAAACAUAAUUGUAUUUCGCAAACUCUAAGCUCUCCUGAUUCAAAAAAGGAAUCCUCCAAUAACUCACCAACAAGAGUGCUCUAUAAUCACAGUGACAUUCUGAAAGAAGACCUUGAAGACUGUGGAGCAGCUGUCCUUCACCAGCUUCCGAGACUCUCACCUGGGAGUGGCGGCAAAGAAAAACAAGUCAGAUCUGAACAAGCACCAGCCUCAGGCUUAAUGAGGGCACAAUUGGGUCAAUGUGUUGUCACCUUGAAAGAACAUGAUAAUUCUACUAAAGAAGAGAUAGCUAAGCUGUCCGAAGUUUUCCCACUCAGAAACAUGGACCAGAAGGCAACAGCAUUAUUGAAAAGAACCCUUACAGACGAGUGUGAGGAUAGGUCGGCUAUUCACAGUAAUGAAUCAUCUUGCAGCUUGCCAUCUAUUCUGAAUGACAAUAGUGGAAUAAAGGAAGCAAAACCUGCUCUGUGGCUGAACAGUGUUCUUACAAGGGAACAAGAAGUUUCAAGUGGCUGCAGAGACGAGAGCAAGGAAGAAAGCAUGGCAGCAAAGAUUCCAAUCACAGAAAUGCACAAGAAUCAGUAGACAUGUUACCUGCUACACCUGGAACAAGGGGCCACCAAGUCAUGCAAAACCAAGGAACCACCAUAUGCUUCUGGACUGUCCAUUGCAGAUCAUCUCGCCCUGUGUGGCAGGGAUCAGGCUGCUGGGACUUCACCUACUGGGCCUGCUGCCUGCUACUCAUUAUAGCAGAGCAUUCACUCACAACAUUAUAGGGUCAUGAUAUUUAUUUAACAUAGUCAUUAAAGAAUGAAAGGCAGCUGUCUGAGAGUACUCUUGAUUAGAUUCCCCAGUAUUCAAGGCAAUGGACUCGUAUGUGCCUAGAGAAAUUCUCGGCAGUUGCACAGUAGAAUCCUGUAUAGAUUUUUAAAGCAUACCUGUGUCCCAGCCUCUUUCUUGACCAGUUCCAUCAGAACCUCUAGUGGUGAGAGCUAGGCAUCAACCUUUUAUAACAUACUCAAGUGACUCCCCAGGUUCGAGAACCAUGGAGCAGGGGGUCUCAAAGAUGAAAGAGCCCUUAGAUGAAGUCAUGUUGUGAAAUAGCCUCACUUUACAGAGAGACUCGAGGAGAGAGAAAAGAGGUUGAGCUUUCGAUAUUUUAAUAAAAUCAAGGAUUAGGGAGUAUAUUAGUCAUCUCUUGGUGUCUUCCAGAGGAUUAGUUUCAGGACCUAUUACCCUCAACCCCCCAUUCAAUGCCAAAAUCUAUAGAUGCUCAAGUCUCAUAUAAAAUGGCAUUAUAUUUCAUAUAGGCUACAGCAUGAUAUGCCUCCAAAUCACUUCAUUAGUGUGGAUUAGCAUAGUGCUCAGCAUGUGGCAAAUUCAAGUUUUGCUUUUUAGAACUUUCUGGGAUUUAAAAAAAUAUUUUUCAUCUGCAGUUGGUUGAAUCCAUGGAUGUAAAACCUGUGGAUACAGAGGGCUGAAUGCAU